UUAUUUUUAUAAAAAAAAUGUUUUCUUUUUUUUUUUACUUAUUGGCUACGAUGAAAUGUAAAUAAAACUGAGUUGUACAAACAUAACAAACGUUACGUAUAAUGAACAAUAAAAUGAAUGUACUUCAGUCAUUUGCAAUUGUAGUUGUAAUGUUUUUGAUUAUAUUUUUUGUUUUUACGAAAUACAUUCCAUUAUACCGAUUAUACCACGUGAACUGUGAUAAUUUUAAUAACAAUUUAAUAUCAAACAGAAAUGCUGAAAACAACACCGAUUCAUCUCCGCCUAUAAAAUUCCCGAUUUCGUUUCUUAUUGUCAAUUUUGUCUACGUUUACGCCAUUAUGAUAAUUAUUAUUUGUUUUUACGGCUUAUACGGAUGGGCCGCGACGAACGUAAUAGUUUCGAUUGGAAAAUUUUCAAAACAACCCUGUGAUAUCGAGAACAAUGAAAACAGCAUUAGUGACAUCAUUUUAAUUUCACAAAUCGUAGAAGACGACAAAUUGAUUCCCGAGGCUAUUCCAUUGCAAAUUUUACCAGAGACAACAGAAUCUAAUGCCACUAAUAAUUACCAUUGUACGUGGGUAGGCGAUUGGAACAAAUAUUGAUACUUAGAAAUCGAUUAUAGGUAUUAAACUGAUUUCAUUUUAAAUCAUUCAAAAAAUUAUAUGUUUUAUACUAUUUAUGUAUAAAAAUGUAAAA